AUGAACAGUUCCUCCGGACCCAUGCAACCGGAAGCAUACCGCAGAAUCUUUCCGAUCGUUUGGUCUCUAUUGAAGCACGAUCUGGUUCAACGCGAGAACCCGAAGGCUGACCGGGAUAGUUGGGCAAGUCGGGUGAUCGAAGCGUUCAUCGAUCACUUGAAUGGCCUCAGUCCUAACUCGGAACUCAAGUUUCUUGGGCUCAACUUUCUUGCCAGGUUAUGCAUCUUGGACGAUUUGCCUGGCUGUCAAAUCGCCUCUGAGCUCGACAUUCUCGCCCCCGAAACUCAGGAAAAGUUGCGCCAAUGGAUGAUGGGGCUUCCGAAGUUAUUAUGGCAGCUAGGAACCAAGAAUCCGACGACCUCUCAUCUUGUUCUUUCGUUUCUACAUCGAGUCGUCAGUCGACCGAUGAUCUUCUUCGAAGCUUGUCUGCCCGAUCUUGGCCGCUUACUGGUCCCAUUCUUCUCGAUCGACCAUCCCAGCUCCGGCCGGACCCUCCCUGGCCCGUACUCGCGUCUACCCGACUCCUGUAGGAAGCUCUCUGAAGGGAUCUGCUGGUAUCUUCUUAACCAGCCAGCGCUUCUUCUCCAGUCUGCUCCAUUGAGAUCCGCUCUCAGAGUCUCUAAUCCCUCGUUCGAACAAUCCUUGAUUUGCUCAAGUUGA